AAUCAAGCAGGAGAGACCAGCCUCCCCUGUUCCCAGCUGUGUGUCCAUGAAGAGUGACCGGUCUAUGCGUCUACCUAUACUGUUUAGAAAGGGAGACUUUUCUACUGAACAAAGUCCAAUCAAGCAGGAGAGACCAGCCUCCCCUGUUCCCAGCUGUGUGUCCAUGAAGAGUGACCGGUCUAUGCGUCUACCUAUACUGUUUAGAAAGGGAGACUUUUCUACUGAACAAAGUCCAAUCCAGCAGGAGAGACCAGCCUCCCCUGUUCCCAGCUGUGUGUCCAUGCAGAGUGACCGGUCUAUUAGUCUACCUAUACUGUUUAGAUUGGGAUACCUUUCUACUGAACAAAGCCCAAUCAAGCAGGAGAGACCACCCUCCCCUGUUCCCAGCUUUGUGUCCAUGAAGAGUGACUGGUCUAUGAAUCCUCCUCUAAACUUUAGAGAGGGAGACUUUUCUACUGAACAAAGAAACCAACAGGAGAGAUCAGAGUCAGAGACUCUCAGUGGUCAGUCUCCCCAGACUCAUCAAACAGACCUGGCCUCCAUAUUCAGUUUGCUUGAAGAGAAUAUUAUGACAUUUGUGAAGAAUGAACUGAAGAGGUUCAAGAGGAUUCUUAGUCCAAAACUCCCAGAAUGCUUUGAGAGUCAGAAACAGGAUAAGGAAGUGGUGGAUGCUGAAGAUGAGAAGCAGGAGAGCAGUGCCAGAGAGGGGGCUCUGAAGAUCACACUGCACGUCCUGAGGAAAAUGAACCAGAUGGAGCUUGCUGACACACUGGAGAAAUAUGAGCUUGCUCUGAUUUGCCAAAGUGAACUCAAAUCUAAUCUAAAGAAGAAGUUUCAAUGUGUAUUUGAGGGGAUCGCUAAACAAGGAAACCCAACACUUCUCAAUAAGAUCUACACAGAGAUCUACAUCACAGAGGGUGGAACAGGAGAGGUCAAUAAUGAACAUGAGCUGAGACCGAAUGAGACAACAACCAGGAAACAAGCAAGACCAGAGACUGCAAUCAAAUGUAAUGACAUCUUCAAACCCUUAGCUGGACAAGACAAACCUAUCAGAACUGUGCUGACAAAGGGAGUCGCUGGCAUUGGAAAAACAGUCUCUGUGCAGAAGUUCAUUCUGGACUGGGCUGAAGGAAAAGCAAAUCAGGAUGUCCAAUUUGUAUUUUCAUUCCCUUUCCGGGAGCUGAAUUUAAUGAAAGGGGAUGAACACACUUUCAUUGAACUUCUUAAUCACUUCUCAAUGGAAACCAAACAAUCAAGAAUCUCCAACUACGACAAGUACAAAGUUCUGUUCAUCUUUGAUGGUCUGGAUGAGUGCCGACUGCCCCUAGACUUCCAGAAGAACAAGAUUUGUUGUGACGUCACAGAGUCAACCUCAGUGGAUGUUCUGCUGACAAAUCUCAUCAAGGGAAAUCUGCUUCCCUCUGCUCUCCUCUGGAUAACUACCCGACCUGCAGCAGCCAAUAAGAUCCCUUCAGGGUGUGUUCACCAGGUGACAGAGGUACGAGGGUUCAAUGACCAACAGAAGGAGGAGUACUUCAGGAAGAGAUUCAGUGAUGAGGACCUGGCCAACAGAAUCAUCUCACACAUAAAGACAUCAAGGAGCCUCCACAUCAUGUGCCACAUUCCAGUCUUCUGUUGGAUUUCUGCAACAGUCCUUGAACACAUGCUGAAACAUAAGAGAGAAGAGAUGCCCAAGACUCUGACUGACAUGUACACACACCUUGUGGUGUUUCAUACCAAACAGAAGAAUGAAAAGUAUCUUGGGAAAGAAGAGACAGGUCCACACUGGAAUAAAGAGAGCAUUCUGUCACUGGGAAAACUGGCUUUUCAACAGCUUGUGAAGGGCAAUCUGAUUUUCUAUGAAAAAGACCUGAAAGAGGCUGGCAUUGAUGUCAAUGAAGCCUCAGUGUACUCAGGAUUGUGCACACAGCUCUUUAAAGAGGAAUGUGGGCUGUACCACGACAAGGUGUACUGCUUUGUUCAUCUGAGCAUUCAGGAGUUUCUGGCUGCUGUAUAUGUGUUCCUCUCAUUCAUCAACAACAAUGAGAAUGUAAUGGACAAACUACAAACCAAGUCCAGUAUCUUUUCUUUGCUGUUCAGAGGCAAGCAUAAAGUUACUGUCUACAAGAGUGCUGUGGAUAAAGCCUUACAAAGUGAGACGGGAAACCUGGACCUUUUCCUCCGCUUCCUGCUGGGCCUCUCACUGGAGUCCAAUCAGAAGCACUUACAAGGUCUACUGACAAAGACAAGAAGCAGCUCACAGAGCCAUGAAGAAACAGUCAAGUACAUCAAGAAGAAAAUCAGGGAGAAUCCCUCUCCAGAGAGGAGCAUCAAUCUGUUCCACUGUCUGAAUGAACUGAAUGACCAUUCUCUAGUGGAGGAGAUUCAAAGCUACCUGAGAUCAGGAAGUCACUCAGAAGACAAACUGUCACCUGCACAGUGGUCAGCUCUGGUCUUUGUGUUGCUGACUUCAGAAAAGGAGCUGGAUGUGCUUGACCUGAAGAAAUACUCCAGAUCAGAGGAAGGUCUUCUGAGGCUGCUGCCAGUGGUCAAAGCCUCCAGAGCUGCUCUGCUGUCAGACUGUGGAGUCACAGAGGAAGGAUGUGCUUCUCUGGUCUCAGCUCUGGAGUCAAACCCCUCACACCUGAGAGAGCUGGACCUGAGUAACAAUGACCUGAAGGAUUCAGGAGUGGAGCUGCUCUCUGCUGGACUGGGGAAUCCCCACUGUAAACUGGAGACU